AAAAGAAGUAUUAUCAUUAGGACUUCAUCUCUAAACCAUGCUAUACCGCUUUCAUUUUCACUCCAGGUAUGAUUAUCAAGUCCUACUGCAUAACUCCACCUUCUGCCUGGUCCCACGAGGGCGCCGUCUUGGGUCGUUCCGUUUCUUGGAAUCCCUGCAAGCUGCCUGUAUUCCUAUGCUACUUAGCAAUGGUUGGGAGCUACCAUUCUCAGAGGUCAUAGACUGGAGUAAAGCUGUUGUCUUUGGCGAUGAGAGACUUCUACUUCAGGUUCCGUCCAUCGUAAGGUCCAUCACUGCCGAGCAGAUCCUGUUGCUGAGGCAACAGACUCAGUUCCUUUGGACCCGCUACUUCUCAUCAACGGAGAAGAUAGUCCAUACUACAUUAGAGAUUAUCAAGGAGAGGGUACAGAAACACCUUGCUAGGCAGGACUAUAUCUGGAACACCAACCCUGGAGCGUUGUCCGUCUUCAGCGAGUAUUCGUCCAGUUUACAAGCAUUCCCAUUCUACACCCUGGCUCUUGGAGCAACCCCAUCCGACAAGUUUUCUGCUCUAGUCUUGGUACAGACCCCACCUAUCUCGAUAUCGGCUCCGCUCAUGAAGCUACUCGUCAAUGUAGGCAUGUCUGCAUAUGCCCAUCAGAUUGUGGUGUUAUGGCAGGUAGAUAGACCCCUCCCACCGAAGUCAAGAUGGCCAAAGCUACAAGUCCCUCUUACAGUCAUUGAGACAGAUCUCAAGUCUCUGAGCAGUCGAUUCUCUCCUAACUCUGUGAUUGAGAUGGAUUCUAUUCUAAGCUUGGAUGAAGAUGCUCAAUUAACUACAGAUGAGGUUGAUUUUGCCUUCUCAGUGUGGCAGACGUUCCCGAGCAGAAUAGUAGGUUACCCCGCCAGAAACCAUUACUGGGACCAAGCUAAAAGUCGUUGGGGUUACUCAUCAAAGUGGACCAAUGAGUACUCCAUGGUGCUCACUGGAGCAGCAUUUUAUCACAGGUACUAUCAUUAUCUGUUCACCCAUAUACUGCCUUCACCGCUGCGUGUCCACGUGGAUCGCACCAACAACUGCGACGAUAUUCUCAUGAACUUCUUGGUAGCCAGUGUGACCAAGCUACCCCCCAUCAAGGUCACACAGCGUAAACAAUAUCGCGAGACCAUGCUGACGUCGUCCACCUCGGCGUUGGCGGCGCGCUGGCUCUCGGCGGAACACUUCCAGCAGCGUCAGGAGUGCCUCAAUCUCUUCUCCACCACAAUGGGGACCAUGCCGUUGGUCAGGUCCCAGAUGCGCCUCGACCCAGUCCUCUAUAAAGACCCCGUCUCGAACAUGAGAAAACGUUACCGCAAAAUCGAGGUCGUGGACCCCAAACCAAGGACGUGAGAAUGAAUGAAUGAUGAAAAAUUGUUUGAAAUUGCCCCACCGACGUGUAGCAAGAUGUUUGUAGAUGAGAGUACUAGAAUGAUGAUAUACGGUGCCCCCAUCAUUGGAUUUCAGACAUGUGGUUUUCCGCACCAAAUCAUGGCGUGAUCAAAGAGUACUACAUUAAAGUCUACUAAUGGGAUCAAGAAAGGUCACACUGCCCUCAUUUCUUCUUCCAUCUCCUCUACUUCUUCUCGUGACGCAAGUCAUUAAACCAGUUAGAACCUACAAGGAAACCUGGCAUUGAAAUGCGGAAUGUCUUGUUCAAGAUGUUGGUGCAGUUCAAGUCAUCUGAUGGAAGCUGGCUGAUGUCAUGGUAAACAGGAUCCUGUCCUUGGCCAAGGGGCUAUCAGCAGAGAAUAUCCUGAUAUCUUUAGGAUGUUGGUACAAGAUGUUCAGCAGAAGUGUCCAUCAGCAGCGCAAAGCUUUGUAAGACCAGUCAGAAGGCCCCAAAAGCAAAGAAGCCAAAGAAGCCGCAAGAAGAUCAUGCGUUUCGUUUGCUUCCCUCCAACUACCGAGCCUUGUGGCUGUCCGCAGGAUCUUAAAAGCACCAGUAACUAGGAAUUCACUCUGUGGAUACGUUCUUAUUUAAGAAUCCUUCAUGAAUGAGAGUUAUACUUCAGUAAUAUUUCAUGCCAAAAUAUGUUUAUGUAUUGAUCAGCAUUGGACAAUUUGCGAAUAUGAGAUCGUUUUUAUGAAAAGUGUUCAGAUAUAAACUCCUUCGAGCAGAGAUAUUUUUUUGAAAACCAGAUGUAAUCUAUUAUUCAUGAGGUAUUAUUAUGAAAAUAUUGAAAAUAUUGUGUGUGUUAGAUUUUAAAAGAAGGUCUUGCUUUUUUUGUACAAAAGACAGAACAUAUGAAUGAAAGUGAGACUAGAUUUUCUAUAUUUUUCUUGAGAUAAGAGAAGAAAUAGAUUAGAGAUUUAGAUUUUAGUUGGGGCAUGCUGGAAACAUGUGUACAUUAAAAGUGUGUUGGAGCAAGAGAGAGAGAGUUAAACGUUUGUCCAUGAUUUAUGUGGUCUUAAGUAUUUUAAGGUUUUCUUUUUCUGUAGUAUACAAAUAACAUAAUGCUCAGAGUGCGUGCAUUUAAGGUACAUUUGCAUGGCAAAGGUAUUAUUAAAACAGCGAUAUUUACACUUAACUGCCACUGGCACUACUCAAAUUUAUUCUCAUAAUAUUUUAUACAAUGAGUCUAAAAUGAUGCAGUCUGUAACCAAUUAUUUAUAUUGAUAUUUGUGAAGAGUAUAAAAAUCUAGUUAUAUAUCUCAUAGAUUGACCAUUCUUCUGAGUAAAAACAAUUAAACAUUGAUUUUAAUGAUUUAUGUUCAUGCCUGUCACAGAAUAUUGAAAUGCUAUUAAUACCUCUUGAGUUAUUCAUUAAUUUUUGUUUCAGGAAUGAUUUCAGAGCAACUCGUGAUUACAGAAUUUUGUUCCAAUUUUGUUCAUUUCUUGUCCUUUGAUAUCAGUUGCUUUUUGUUGUUAAUUUUGUACAUUUUUCUGUGAAUCUGUCUGUUUU